UAAAUCUUAAGUUUCAUUAGAAUACAGCAUGUUUCCUUGCACUUACAUAUGGCCUUCAAAAGACAAAACCAAAAACAAGAAUCAGGAAAAGGAAUCAAAAUUGGACACUAAACAGGACUGUCAACACCUAAGUCAUAACCAAUAGGUGGUGUCGAAUUAGGAUACGCUUGAGAAAUGGGGUUUGAAAGAGAGUUGUCCGUGAGAGAUGCUAAACAAUAAACAGCACCAGGCUUAUAAAACACCUUCCCGAAUCACAUAGAACAAAGCAUCUUCUAUGAAUGGUGCAGGCUGGAUGUCACAGCCUCCUCUUCCCCCAAGGCCUGUAAAAUGAAGUCAGUUUUAAACUCGGAAUUGAACAUUGUCACACAGUUUAGGUAUCAGCUAUCACUGACGGUGGGAGACUUCAAAAUAAUUUUGCACGUUCACAGACUUUAUAGCUAAUCCUUGAGCAACUCGGCGUGUGGCCUACAUACCUGUGAAGAAUUGUCACAGUGAUUUCCAGAUCCAGAAUGUAAUUUGCCCAAAACCAGGCUUCCAACCUUGACACAUUUAUUCCACCCAUUAAACACCUGUGUGCGCAUAAAGACAUCUCGGGAGCUGUCGUCCCUCCAUCAAAUCACAGGCUCGGGUGUGACAGUGUGAGCUUCCUGGACUUUCAAGCAGAUUGAGUAGCUCAGUUGGGGGGAGAAGCUUAGAGACGAGUGAGAUUAAAAUGUGAAGCCAUUUGUUUUUCUGAAAAUUUGAUGUUACCCUUUGCAGGACAGUCUUCAAAGUUUCUUCUGCCUCCAUGGCAUAAUUUGGAAAAUCUCUGAAACGUCAAACGGUCCUAAUGUAAUUGACCUUACAUACACAAUCUAAGAAAAAAUGUAAUCUAUCAAAAAGAUACAGCCUGUCCAUUAGCAAAAUCGCCAUGUCGUGUCAUCUUUCAAAUACAUGCAGAAGCCAAAACAGUCACUUUUUCUCUUUGGUUUUAGACAACAGACCCUGCUGGAGUCAUAAUACAGGACAACUUGAUACAAAAUCUAUUUAACUAAAGUUGCCCUUAUCCUUGAGAUGAAUUUCCUGGGAGUUAUGAGGUCAAGCACGGUUCCCUUUCCAGCUAAAUAGCUGCCCAACAGCUGUUGCUAUUUGGAACAUGUUUACUCCUAAAACCGCUCUGUAGUUCUGUGGUUCACAUGGUGUCUUAGUCUUGCUGACACUGUGGUGCUGUGUGGCUCUAACGUCAAAUUCCAUUGUGACUGAGGAAUGAACUACAGGCCUUGUGCUUUCAUGACAGUCCCCUCCGAGGGGACAGAGUGCCACAGAGUCACCUAGAAACAGCCUGGACGGGCACAGAUAGCAAGACGUGCACCUGCGCAGCCCGGGACUCUCCUAGCGGGGCAGGGCACAGCCAGCAGGGAGUCAGCACUCAGCCUGCAGAGGCGCUGGGCACCGGACGCUGAUGCAAUAAAAGCACUUCACAUUUUCUAUGGAAAUUGGCUUUGGCAAUUUCCAUUUGUUUUCUUUUUCUGCUGUUCUGCCGCCUCCCAGGCCCUUGCCUUGUGAGGAUUUGCAGAAUGGAUGUCUCUGGCUCUCUGGCGAGCUCUGCACCCCAAUGCUCCCCCCACCUUCCCUGUCACAGAUCCCCCUCUGUGCAGACAGAGAUGCAGAACACAGAACAGAGAGUGCCCAUUGUCUUCCCCUGUGUGCAGAAGGGAUGGGGACCAAGGAUUGAGGACAACAGCCCAUUCUCUGCACCGUCCAGACCUUGGAACCCACUCCCUGUCUCCCCCGUGGCACUCAGGGAACACAUCGGAGAAACUCUUGGUGGCCUCUGCUGUUUAAAGAGGUCAUCGCAGUGAAGAAAAGAACAUGAAGUUGUUAAUUCCUUAUACUUUUUGUUAACUAUUCCAGGAUUUCCUUUGAAGUUCCUUUCGGUGUUCUUUUGAAAAGGUCAAGCUAUGGGGCUGAGUGAUUUGUAGCUGGAGUUGUGGACUCGUUCUGCGACCCUGGACCCUUAGGCAUGGCUGGGCCUUCUGCCUCACUCUGUCUAUCUGACUCCUCUGUCUAGUUAAAUGUCUAAUCAUUCACGUGGCACAAUGCAAACGCUCCCCCGUUUGUCAUUUGGGUUGAACACAUCAGAUAUUUGGAUUCUGGGUAGGGCUGGAUAAUAUCAAAGCAUUUCUGGAGGUAAUUCUUUCAGUCAGCACUGAGCUCUGGGUGUACAGCGGGGCAGAGAUGAAUCAGCACCCAGCUCCAGCUGUGCAGCCGGGCAGAGAUGAAUCAGCACCCAGCUCCAGCUGUGCAGCCGGGCAGAGAUGAAUCAGCACCCAGCUCCAGCUGUGCAGCCGGGCAGAGAUGAAUCAGCACCCAGCUCCAGCUGUGCAGCCGGGAAGAGAUGAAUCAGCACCCAGCUCCAGCUGUGCAGCCGGGCAGAAAUGAAUGAGAUGCAGUCGUGGCUCAUCCCACUGUCGGGGGGGCCGGGAACUGAAAACGACCCCAUCCAGUGAGGCCCGGCAGGCAUGGGCUGCUGGUGAGGGUGGCACCAGAGCUUGGGAUGGAGCCGAGUUGAGGGGACCUAGGGAAGGCAUCCUGGAGGAGGAGGCCAAGCCGAGAGAGCCUGGGAUGCCAGGGGCUGUGGGCAGGGACCAGCCUGGCAGGGGUGAGGAGCAUGGCUGAGGCUGGGGACCCGGAGUGGGCAUCUCUGGAGAUGCCAGGUGGGCUGAGAGGGUGGAAGGACAGUGAGGCCCAGCGAGACUCACCUAGCGCGUGCUGCACUGUGUGUGAAGCCACCAGACUUGGAAGGACCAUCGCCAGCUGGGCCAGAGCACUAGGGACCUACUCAAUGCCAUGAAUGUGUCAGGGUGGGUAGAACCAGGGCUACCUCUAGGCAACAAUGCACCACGCCCUAGUACCCACAGCCAGGGAAUCAGGGCCUGGGUAGCACUCGCCCAAUUGACAUGCGUGAGCUCUGUGCUCCUGCACCCGACAUGCGCAGGCUCCGUGCUCCUGCACCUGGUGUCCAUGGGCUCUGUACUCCUGCUGAGGCAGUGCUGGGCGUCGGCACUGAUCAUGGCCAAGGUUGGAGGAGGCGUCCCAUGGGAGGCCUGCAGGUCCCAGGAGGGUGGAAUCAAAGCAGCCAGCCUGAGCCCAGGGCGGAGGCUCUGCCUUCCCAACGGGGGCAGGACCCAGAAGAAGAGUGAGGCCACAGAGGCAGAUCCUGGCCAGGCCCCUGGAAGACAGCAAUGUGCUGAGAACCUUCCUUGAGAAAGAGUGGAGGCCCCAGUGACCACAGCAUCAUGACUGCUGAGGGACAGGACCAGAGAGUCUUCUUCCUAACUGCUCCCCUCUCCCUUUCUCCAUUUCCCCAUAAACCCUUGAAACAGAGGAGCCUGUGCAUGUGCUUGCCCUUGGGGCAGCCAAGAAGUGGCAGCAGAGAGGCCUGCCUUCCACAAGGCACAGGAGCAGGGACCACAAGUGACCUGGGAACACUGGCCCCAGCCUCCCUGCCUCCCUCUGUCUGCCCCGGCCUCCGCUUUAAGUCACACCCAACAGUUGUGAGAUGUCGGGGUUUCUGUUGCUAGGCAUUCCUGCUGCUGCGCAGCAGCCGGGGCUGGGACAAAGGAGUCGCUCUUCUAAUGUUUAAAACGCAAAGCAAACCACGUGUGGGCCCAGCCGGCCCUCAGGAGGAGCUGCCUUUCCUCGCGCUCCGCUGCUCCUCCCAUCUGACAACUCCCCCGACCUGCUGGGCACUGAGGCCUCUGCUGCGGGGGUUGCCGGUGCCACUUCCCCUCUCCACAGCCGUGCAGUGCCCGGCUCAGCUCACGUUCACAGUUCUUUCUGCCGCUGUAGCCGUGGACAGCAGCCUGGUUACAGUGGGAUGUGCAGCUGGCCGACCCCCUCUAGCCAUCCUGCAAGUCACUGCGAACGCCCUCACGCUCCAACAGCAAAGCCACUGGUCAGAAAGAGGCUGGGCUCCUGCACACCUGCCAGCGAUGGCUACCCGCGUCCAUCCUGUUCACUGAAGGGGAGCGGCUCCUGGAGGGUGAAGCCGCUGUGGUUUGAGGGUGAAGCCGCUGUCGUUUGAGCCCUCGGCCCGGACGCAUCUGAUUCACCAGCCACAGAAGCACGGAGGAGUCAAGAAUGGGAAGGACAGAAAUGGUUCCUGACCUCGGGAGCUGGAGGUUGAGUGGGUUGGUCUAAAAACCAACUGAAUAGAGCACGCCAAGAUGUCCCUUGUGACUGUCCCCUUCUACCAGAAGAGACAUAGGCACUUCGACCAGUCCUACCGUAAUAUUCAAACACGGUACCUGCUGGACGAAUAUGCAUCAAAAAAGCGAGCUUCCACCCAGGCAUCUUCCCAGAAGUCCUUGAGUCAGCGGUCGCCUUCACAGAGAGCCUCCAGCCAGACGUCCCUGGGAGGAACCAUCUGCAGGGUCUGUGCAAAGCGAGUCAGCACGCAGGAAGAUGAGGAGCAGGAGAACAGAAGCAGGUACCAGUCCCUGGUGGCCGCCUAUGGCGAGGCCAAGCGACAGCGCUUCCUCAGCGAGCUGGCCCACUUGGAGGAGGGUGUCCACCUGGCACGCUCCCAGGCCCGCGACAAGCUGGACAAAUACGCCAUUCAGCAGAUGAUGGAGGACAAGCUGGCCUGGGAGAGACACACAUUUGAAGAGCGGAUAAGCAGGGCUCCUGAGAUCCUGGUGCGGCUGCGAUCCCACACCGUCUGGGAGAGGAUGUCUGUGAAACUCUGCUUCACCGUGCAAGGAUUUCCCACGCCCGUGGUGCAGUGGUACAAAGAUGGCAGUCUGAUUUGCCAGGCGGCUGAACCGGGAAAGUACAGGAUUGAGAGCAACUAUGGCGUACACACACUGGAGAUCAACAGGGCAGACUUUGACGACACCGCGACAUACUCAGCAGUGGCCACCAAUGCCCACGGACAAGUGUCCACCAACGCGGCGGUGGUGGUGAGAAGGUUCCGGGGAGAUGAGGAACCAUUCCGUUCAGUGGGACUCCCGAUUGGAUUGCCCCUGUCAUCGGUGAUUCCGUACACGCACUUCGACGUCCAGUUUUUGGAGAAGUUUGGAGUCACCUUCAGGAGGGAAGGCGAGACGGUCACUCUCAAGUGCACCAUGCUGGUGACGCCGGACCUGAAGCGGGUGCAGCCGCGCGCCGAGUGGUACCGCGAUGACGUGCUGUUGAAAGAGUCCAAGUGGACGAAGAUGUUCUUUGGAGAAGGCCAGGCCUCCCUGUCCUUCAGCCACCUGCACAAGGACGACGAGGGCCUGUACACCCUGCGCAUCGUGUCUCGGGGCGGUGUCAGCGACCACAGCGCCUUCCUGUUUGUCAGAGAUGCUGACCCGCUGGUCACAGGGGCCCCCGGUGCACCCAUGGACUUGCAGUGCCACGACGCCAACCGGGACUACGUCAUCGUGACCUGGAAGCCGCCCAACACCACCACCGAGAGCCCCGUCAUGGGCUAUUUUGUGGACCGAUGUGAAGUAGGAACGAAUAAUUGGGUGCAGUGCAAUGAUGCACCGGUGAAAAUCUGCAAAUACCCGGUCACAGGGCUUUUUGAAGGAAGGUCUUACAUAUUCCGAGUGAGGGCAGUGAACAGUGCGGGCAUCAGCCGACCCUCCAGGGUCUCUGAUGCGGUGGCUGCACUUGACCCCUUGGACCUCAGAAGGUUACAAGCCGUUCACUUGGAGGGAGAGAAGGAGAUUGCCAUUUAUCAGGAUGACCUUGAAGGUGACGCCCAGGUUCCAGGGCCUCCCACCGGUGUGCACGCUUCUGAGAUCAGCAGAAACUAUGUCGUCCUCAGCUGGGAGCCACCCACUCCCCGUGGCAAGGACCCGCUCAUGUACUUCAUUGAGAAGUCCGUGGUGGGGAGCGGCAGCUGGCAGAGAGUCAACGCCCAGACGGCUGUGAGAUCCCCGAGAUAUGCCGUGUUUGACCUCAUGGAAGGGAAGUCAUACGUGUUCCGAGUGCUGUCUGCAAACCGGCAUGGCCUGAGCGAGCCUUCGGAGAUCACGUCCCCCAUUCAGGCCCAGGACGUGACCGUUGUCCCUUCUGCUCCGGGUCGAGUUCUUGCUUCCCGAAACACCAAGACGUCGGUCGUGGUGCAGUGGGACCGACCCAAGCACGAGGAGGACCUGCUGGGUUACUACGUGGACUGCUGUGUGGCCGGAACCAACCUCUGGGAGCCCUGCAACCACAAGCCCAUCGGAUACAACAGGUUCGUGGUGCACGGCUUAACCACGGGAGAGCAGUACAUCUUCCGAGUCAAGGCAGUCAAUGCUGUGGGGAUGAGUGAAAAUUCCCAGGAAUCAGACGUCAUAAAAGUGCAGGCCGCACUCACCGUCCCGUCCCAUCCUUAUGGGAUUACGCUCCUCAACUGUGACGGCCACUCCAUGACCCUCGGCUGGAAGGUCCCGAAAUUCAGCGGUGGCUCGCCCAUCCUGGGCUACUACCUGGACAAGCGUGAAGUUCACCAUAAAAACUGGCACGAGGUCAAUUCCUCACCCAGCAAACCGACAAUCCUAACGGUGGACAGCUUGACGGAAGGCUCACUCUACGAGUUCAAAAUCGCCGCCGUCAACCUGGCCGGCAUCGGGGAGCCCUCGGAUCCCAGUGAGCACUUCAAGUGUGAGGCCUGGACCAUGCCGGAGCCCGGUCCUGCCUACGACUUGACGUUCUGUGAGGUCAGGGACACGUCCUUGGUCAUGCUGUGGAAGGCCCCUGUGUACUCCGGCAGCAGCCCUGUUUCUGGAUAUUUCGUGGACUUCAGGGAGGAGGAUGCUGGAGAGUGGAUCACUGUCAAUCAGACGACAACGGCCAACCGUUAUUUAAAGGUCUCUGACCUGCAGCAAGGUAAGACCUAUGUCUUCAGGGUCCGGGCAGUCAAUGCAAAUGGCGUGGGGAAGCCCUCAGACACAUCGGAGCCCGUGCUGGUAGAGGCGAGACCAGGCACCAAGGAAAUCACUGCUGGUGUCGAUGAACAAGGCAACAUCUACCUGGGCUUUGACUGCCAGGAAAUGACAGACGCGUCUCAGUUCACCUGGUGUAAAUCCUACGAGGAGAUUUCAGAUGAUGAGAGGUUUAAAAUCGAAACCGUGGGGGAUCACUCCAAGCUGUACUUAAAGAAUCCGGAUAAGGAGGAUUUAGGGACUUACUCCGUGUCUGUAAGUGAUACAGACGGAGUGUCCUCCAGUUUUGUUCUGGACCCAGAAGAGCUCGAGCGUUUGAUGGCAUUGAGCAAUGAAAUAAAGAACCCCACAAUUCCUCUGAAAUCGGAAUUAGCUUAUGAGAUUUUUGAUAAGGGGCGGGUUCGCUUCUGGCUCCAGGCUGAGCACUUAUCACCAGAUGCCAGCUACCGAUUUAUUAUUAACGACAGAGAAGUCUCUGACAGCGAGAUACACAGAAUUAAAUGUGACAAAGCUACUGGCAUUAUUGAGAUGGUGAUGGAUCGAUUUAGUAUUGAAAAUGAGGGGACCUACACUGUGCAGAUUCAUGAUGGGAAAGCCAAAAGUCAGUCUUCUCUAGUUCUUAUUGGAGAUGCAUUCAAGACUGUGCUGGAAGAGGCUGAGUUUCAAAGGAAAGAAUUUCUCAGGAAACAAGGCCCUCAUUUUGCUGAGUACUUGCACUGGGAUGUCACCGAAGAAUGUGAAGUUCGACUUGUUUGCAAGGUUGCAAACACCAAGAAAGAAACCGUUUUCAAAUGGCUCAAGGAUGAUGUUCUGUAUGAAACGGAGACACUGCCUAACCUGGAGAGGGGAAUCUGUGAGCUGCUCAUCCCAAAGUUGUCAAAGAAGGACCACGGUGAAUACAAGGCAACCUUGAAAGAUGACAGAGGGCAAGAUGUGUCCGUCCUUGAAAUAGCUGGCAAAGUGUAUGAUGAUAUGAUUUUGGCAAUGAGUAGAGUCUGUGGGAAAUCUGCUUCGCCACUGAAGGUACUCUGCACCCCAGAAGGAAUACGACUUCAGUGUUUCAUGAAGUAUUUUACAGAAGAAAUGAAAGUGAACUGGUGUCACAAAGAUGCUAAGAUCUCAUCCAGUGAGCAUAUGAGAAUCGGGGGGAGUGAAGAGAUGGCCUGGCUGCAGAUAUGUGAGCCGACCGAGAAGGAUAAAGGAAAAUACACUUUUGAGAUUUUCGAUGGCAAAGAUAACCAUCAACGCUCCCUCGACCUGUCCGGACAAGCUUUUGAUGAAGCAUUUGCAGAGUUCCAGCAACUCAAAGCUGCUGCUUUUGCAGAGAAGAAUCGUGGCAGGUUGAUUGGCGGCUUGCCUGACGUGGUGACCAUCAUGGAAGGGAAGACCUUGAAUCUGACCUGCACGGUGUUUGGAAACCCUGACCCCGAAGUGAUUUGGUUCAAGAACGACCAGGACAUCCAGCUCAGCGAGCACUUCUCAGUGAAGGUGGAGCAGGCCAAGUACGUCAGCAUGACCAUCAAAGGCGUGACCUCCGAGGACUCGGGCAAGUACAGCAUCAACAUCAAGAACAAGUAUGGCGGGGAGAAGAUCGACGUGACGGUGAGCGUGUACAAACACGGGGAGAAGAUCCCGGACAUGGCCCCGCCCCAGCAAGCCAAGCCCAAGCUCAUCCCGGCGUCUGCCUCCGCGGCAGGCCAGUGAAGGCGUUUUCCUAGCCUGGAGAUGGGAAAAUAUGCUUGGCAGAGACAGGAAUGCUGUGUGCUUGUUCCAAAGGAGCAGCUGGCAUCCGAGUGGUGUCCUGUGUGGGCUGAUAGUUGAUCACACAUUGUGCUUUUGAUUUUUGCAUUUGGUGAUGAAUAUUUUAUACCCGUCUAAGGGAGAAAGCUAAUGUUUUCCACAAGACUGAACAACGUGUAUUUACACGAGGGCAGACGGCAGAUGCCUGACAGAGAGUGGGUUGGCAGACAACACACUAGCAUUUUCACGGGUGUGGGCACAUGGGUGUGGCACCUGGACGUGUGCAGCAUGUGGCGGUCUGUGUGAAGCCACCGUGCUUCUCUUUGGGGGGCCGUGAGAUCUAGCAUCUCUGAAAUCCUGGCUGUGGAGGCUUUGAAGCAUGCGUUACCUGGUUAAGCUUGUUUUCUCUUGCUUUAGGCGAAUAAAACUUUAAAAAUCA